AUGGCUAUGAGCGGUUUGAUUUCUAACCGCAACUUCGGUUCCUUCGUUGCUUCAGGGAAUUCAUAUAUAUCGCAAAAGGAUUCGUCACUUCAAAGAGGGGGAAUUUCUGUUUCUAAUUGGAUUGGGAAGGAGAGAGUUUCGAGAUGCCAGUACAGAAUGCAUUGUCGUAUUGAUUCCCCUUUGGAAAAGAGGGUUUCUAAACAAAUACAAACAUUCAAUAACAAAGGGGAGAUUGUUUCUCCAUUAUCCCGACACUCCAGCCGUUGCUUGAACUUCAAAUUAAAAGCUUGCAUAAAAAGUUAUUCUUACCUUUCUUCAGCUCCCUUUAGCAGUAGCAAUGUUGGACAAAGGAAAGUAAGUACGUUUCGUGCUAGUUACAAGUCUGAGGAUAAUGACAUUGGAGAACCGAAGAUUGAUAGGCUGCAAUCAACUGAAGGGAUGGGUGAAGCCAUUCUUUUGGAAGGAAAUCUUAAUCAGAUAUCUCCUUGGUGGCAGCAGUUUCCUAAGCGAUGGGUUAUUGUACUGCUAUGUUUUACAGCAUUUCUUCUGUGUAACAUGGAUCGCGUAAAUAUGAGUAUUGCAAUACUUCCAAUGUCUCAAGAGUUCAACUGGAACAGUGCAACAGUUGGCCUCAUUCAAUCUUCUUUUUUCUGGGGUUAUCUACUUACUCAGAUUGUUGGUGGCAUUUGGGCAGACAAAGUUGGUGGAAAGCUAGUACUUGGUUUUGGAGUUGUAUGGUGGUCAAUUGCAACAGUUUUAACACCUAUUGCUGCAAAACUUGGGCUUCCAUAUCUGCUUGUUAUGCGUGCCUUUAUGGGAAUUGGCGAGGGUGUUGCUAUGCCUGCAAUGAAUAAUAUACUUUCCAAGUGGGUUCCAGUAUCAGAGAGAAGCAGAUCACUUGCACUAGUGUAUAGUGGCAUGUACCUUGGUUCUGUCACAGGAUUGGCAUUCUCACCUUUUCUAAUCCACAAAUUUGGGUGGCCAUCAGUGUUUUACUCAUUUGGAUCACUUGGAAGUAUCUGGUUUGCCUUGUGGUUGAGAAAAGCAUACAGCACACCAAAAGACGAUCCAGAUCUUGGGGUGGAAGAGAAAAGGCUCAUACUUGGGGGCAGCGUAUCAAAAGAACCUGUGACAGUUAUUCCUUGGAAAUUGAUUUUAUCAAAAGCACCUGUCUGGGCUUUAAUAAUCUCACAUUUUUGCCACAACUGGGGGACCUUUAUUCUAUUAACAUGGAUGCCUACAUACUACAAUCAGGUUCUGAAGUUCAACCUCACUGAAUCUGGGCUUUUAUGUGUCCUUCCAUGGUUAACCAUGGCCAUUCUUGCAAAUAUAGGAGGUUGGAUUGCUGACACACUUGUGAGCAAAGGCCUUUCUAUAACAACUGUUCGAAAGAUCAUGCAAUCAAUCGGAUUUCUGGGUCCUGCAUUUUUUCUUACGCAGCUAAGUAAUGUCAGAACACCCGCCAUGGCAGUACUGUGCAUGUCUUGCAGUCAGGGAUGUGAUGCAUUCUCACAAUCUGGUCUUUAUUCCAAUCACCAAGACAUUGGACCGCGCUAUGCCGGAGUGUUACUGGGACUAUCGAAUACUGCAGGAGUGCUUGCUGGUGUCUUUGGUACUGCUGCGACUGGAUACAUACUCCAACGAGGUUCAUGGAAUGAUGUAUUUAAAGUCUCAGUUAUAUUGUACUUAAUUGGCACUUUGGUAUGGAAUAUCUUUUCAACUGGUGAGAAAAUUCUAGACUGA